UGAAGGAAGCUGUGAGCGUACCGAGGUUCUCCUUCCGCUGUCUCUAUGUGCAGAGAGCAGGCUGAUAUCGCUGGGAGGAAAAUGUCGUGCGGGCUGUGGAAAGAGACCCUGGCUCUGGCAGAGGACUACCUGUCCCUGUGCUGCACAAGCCCACGGCCAGCCCCUCCACCUCCCAGCGAGUCAGCUGCUGCCAUGAGGCUACUGGCCCAGGACAUGGAGAAGCAGCACCAGGCUCGCUUCCACUCCCUCGCUCAGACCUUCCUGAGACAGUGUGGGCCGGACCCCUGCUCCAGCCUCAGGAAGGUGAUGGAGGAGCUGGUGGGAGACGGACACUUGAACUGGGGGAGGGUUGUUUCCCUUUUCACCUUUACUGGGGUGCUGGCCAGACAGCUGCUGGAGCAGAAGGGCACGAAGCCGGGGCUGGACCUCGGGCAGGAAUUGGGAAGGGAGCCUGGAUACUGCAGGGGACUGGCAGAGACCAUAGCUGAUUACCUGGGAGAGGAGAAGAAAGAGUGGCUGCUGGAGAAUGACGGCUGGGAGGGCUUCUGUAAAUUCUCCCUCAGUGCCAGAGAGGUGAAUCACGACUCGUCCAUGAAGACAGCGCUGAUGGCUGCUGCUGGUGUCGGCCUCGCCGGACUCACCUUCCUCCUGGUGCGCUAGGAAGCCUCCUACAUCCUUAACACAUCCAUCCAUGUUCUCAUUUCAUUUGGCACAAUUAAGUAGACAUUUGAAUUCUAACAUCAGUGCUGCAAAACAGGCUUAAUCUGUAGUGAAUUCAGGGCUGUAAUCUCAAGUCAUCAACUGAAUGUUUACACACACACACACACACACACACACACACACACACAAUAAUACUUACAUUUUGUCACUUGCUCCUUAAGAUUGUAAAAAUGAUCUCAAUGCCUUCAGAAAUUUUGGAGUAAGUGGCACCAGCUUGCAUAUCUUAAACAGUUUAAUUACUAAAGCACAGGAUUCUGCACAGAAUCAUCUUGCGCUCAAAAGUUUUGUAUUUUCAACUGUGCAGCUAAAAGACUUAAUUACAAUUUUUUCUCACUGCUUUUGAUUUAGAAAUUUGUCGGCUGCCUUUUUAUUCAUGUGUUUACCUGAGUUGUGUAUUUGGUAUAGAGCCAUUCUAGUGUACAAUGUAUAAAUUAAUAUAUUAUAUUUAUAUGAAAUGAAACUGUAAGCAGUGGCCCUUUUUUCUAACUGACCCACAGCUAAUUCAGUUGUUUCAUUGUUUUCAAGUCUGUCCUGCAUUCAUGUGAAAUGUCUGAUCUACAUGAGUCAACAGAGCUGAAUUCAGCACUCACGACAACACAACGGUGCUAUAUGUUGCGAAAUGUUCAACAAACCAGGGACCAAUCUGACUUCAAACAUAUUGCUAUUGGAACAAAACGUUGCUAUGGCAUUUCCCCUCCACAGAUAUCUUAAACAUUAUAUUUUUACAUUGUUUUUGGUCUAUUUAUUUGUCACUCUUUUUUAUAAUAAAAAAGAAGCAAACAUGGA